AUGGGCUCCAGUAACAACGGCGCCAGCAGCGGCGAGAGCGGCAGCUCCGGGAUAAAUCCCGACAAGGCGAUUGCUCGUCUGUUGUAUGCAAUGCUGAAGCAGAAGUCCUUGAAGGACAUUGACUGGAACCAAGUAGCUGCUGACCCUGCCCUCCUCGAACGCAUUUCCAAUGGCCACGCUGCUCGGAUGCGGUACUCCCGCUUCCGCCAAUCCAUUGAUUCCCAGGUUGCAAAGAAGGCGGCCGCAGCCGCGGCAGCGCCCAAGAAUGAAAGCAACGGCAACUUUGACGAAGACAAGGCCGGCAUCGUCCAGCAAACACUCCCUCGCAGAGAAUCCAAAACGAAAUCCAAUGACCCCAAGGGCAAUAAGAGAACGGGCGCGGCGUCAGGAAGCACAAAGAGGCUACGAGACACGGAGAGCGAUGACAUUAAGAAUGUCGUUAUGAAGAAGAAAGAAGUAGCCAACCCGGAUGAAAAGGAGAACAAGGACAACUUAUCCCCAGACCCGGACUUUUUUUCGGAUUACAACACUGGCCUCCUUCCAGACACUCCGGACAAGGAUAAAGACAGCAAGGACAGCAAGCUCCUCCAAAAGCUAAAGCAGGACCCGGGAUUCCUUGACACCAAGACCACGACGGAGAAGGCGGUGGACGACUUGCAGUUGUCCCAGACAUCGUUCACGUCGUCUCUUCCCUCGCCUCCCACAGAGACUGUUCCGUCCAUGGAAUCCAUUGCCAAUCAAGAUCGUACGAAGAAACUGAGAAAAAUGUACGCGUUCUCGCCGACGAUGAAGCCCGGCACCCUUCACCAGAUCCCCCUCCCACGCGGUGCCAUGUCCUCUUCCUCUUCUCGCAUCUUGUCGCUGCCAACGCUGCCCACGGCGACGGCAUCCGCCUCCUCGUCCGCAACCAGCCCUGUCAACCUCGGUGGUGUCUUGAUGAUGCGCCACCACUCAGCCGGAUCCAUGACGGACACAGCACCGAAUCACCACCGUCAUCAUCCCCAGCCGCAAAUGAUGAUCCGUCAGACGCGGAUGAUGACGCCGAGCAGCGACACAGAUCUCCACCUUGGCGCGCACCAUAACCACCGGCAGCACUUUGCCCACCACACGCAGAUCCCCAUCAUGAGCGACCUGGCGUCCGUUGGUGGUCUUGAUCCUACGUUUGACUUUGGCAACAACAAUGGCGGUGGCAGCAACAGCACGACUGGUCAUCCAUCGCCGUGGAUGGCUACUCCCUUCUCGUCGCCUGCUAUGCCUGCCUUUGACAUGUCCCCAUACAGUACGACCCUCGACGUCGUGGGUGGCGGCGGCGGCGCCAACCAAGACGGCAGCAUUGCCGGCGAUACCCAGUCGAUGCCCAGUCUCUUUCAGACGCAGUACAACAGCCAGCAGCAGCAGCAGGAGCAGGAAGCUCUACAAGCGUCUCUCAUGGCCCAGGCCUUCACCAAGAACAACGGCUGGGACGUGAUGCUUACGCAGGCCAACGGCUCCGACCAGAACCACAGUAUCUGA